AUGACGGACCUGACCUCCAGCAUCCCGAAGCCACUGCUCCCGGUGGGCAGCCGACCCCUCCUCUGGUAUCCGCUGAACCUCCUGGAGCGCGCCGGCUUCGAAGAGGUCAUUGUGAUUACAAGGAAGGAAAUCCAAAAGAUGUUAAACUUGGACACAAAAAUGAAGCUGGAUUUUGUGUGCAUCAGUGACAACAUGGACAUGGGUACAGCAGAUUCACUGAGGCAUAUUCACCAGAAAAUUAAGACUGAUGUCUUGGUGUUGAGCUGUGAUCUGAUAACAGAUGUUGAUUUAUAUAAAGUUGUGGAUCUCUUUCGGACACAUGAUGCUACUCUCUCCAUGUUGAUGAAGAAAACUCAUGAACCCACAGAAAUGGUACCAGGACAGAAAGGGAAAAAAAAGCCAGUGGAGCAGCGUGACUUCAUUGGAGUGGAUGACACGGGAAAAAGAUUGCUCUUCAUGGCUAAUGAAGCUGACUUGGACGAAGAACUUGUCAUUAAAAGAUCCAUCCUUCAGAAGUAA